UUAUUGAUUUCACAUGAACUCCCAUUAAACCUCCUAUUCUCCCCCACUUUUAAGAUCCCACCAAACCUUCUCUCUCACCUCCAUUGGAGGAAAAACAUCAAACCAGUUCUUAGAAAGUGACCAAAUUCAUCUCCAUAUCAACUAUGCUUUCCAAUCCUCAAAACUCAUCGUCUUUCUUCAACACCACCGCUCCCGGCGCCGGAGUUGGCUGCAACAAACAGAUGUCAAACAACCGUGUUCCUGACUCCAUUGCCCGAUACCACAUCCAUCCAGCAGCUCAAAACCAGUGCUGCUCCGCCGUCAUCCAACAGAUCAACGCCCCAGUCUCCACCGUCUGGUCCGUCGUCCGCCGCUUCGACAACCCACAAGCGUAUAAACACUUUGUAAAGAGCUGCCAUGUUGUGGACGGAAACGGAGACGUCGGAACUUUACGGCAAGUUGAUGUUAUCUCCGGUCUCCCGGCCGCUAACUCCACCGAACGCCUUGAGAUCCUUGACGACGAGCGUCAUGUUCUUAGCUUCAGCGUUGUUGGUGGCGAUCAUCGACUGGCGAACUACCGCUCAGUCACCACCCUCCACCCUACACCUACCGGAAAUGGUACUGUGGUUGUUGAGUCUUACGUCGUGGAUAUACCUCCGGGGAACACAAAGGAAGAAACUUUUGGCUUUGUUGAUACCAUCGUAAAAUGUAACCUUCAGUCGUUAGCUAAGAUCGCCGAGAACAAAUUCAGGUCAAAGUGAUCGGAAAAUCAAGAUUGAUAACCCACCCAUCUGAGAGUAUCAAGUACAGAAGAAAUCAUCUCAUCAAAACGCAUAAUGAAGAACAAAAUCGAUGGUGUAAAUUUUCAUCUUCAAAAUUUUAUGUGAAUCUGUAUGGUUUGAUGUAAUUUUUUAAUUUUUGAAGAUGAUGGAAAGACAUUAAAGAUGAUCUGUUUGUUUGAUUGUUUUAGGAAUGACGACACCAUCGAUUUCUUGUUCUUGCUAGUUGCUGCAUUAUUUUUCUUUUUUCUUUUUUGAUGUAUUAAAUAAAAGAGAUUAUCAUGAAUUUUAUCUUUCUGUUUCUAUU